AUGAUAACCUUGAUGAGAAAAUUAGAACCAGUGCUGACCCGUUGUCCCUUAGUUCGUCAUGUCACUGCCUGGACAUCUAACCAAAGCAGUUCUCAGAAAAAAUUUGAUAUCGUCAUUGUUGGUGCUGGUAUUGUUGGCCUGGCAACAGCACGGAACUUGAUUCUUCGACAUCCAAAUCUUUCUUUUGCAGUUUUGGAAAAAGAAAAAGAAUUAGCCUUACAUCAAAGUGGAAACAACAGUGGGGUCAUUCAUGCUGGAAUUUACUAUGCCCCAGGGUCAUUAAAAGCCAAACUCUGUGUCGAAGGACUGAACUUGGCGUAUAAAUACUGUGACGAAAAUGAUAUCCCUUACAAGAAAUGUGGCAAGAUGAUUUUUCUCUUUUUCUUUCUCUUUUCCAUUUUUUCCUAUUUUUCUUUUAGUGGUUUUUUUUUUUUUUUUUUUUACUUAUUUGAAAUGUUCUCUUCUUUUUUCUUCUUUUCUUUUUAA